UUCCGAGGGAAGGAGGAGGGGCUUCAGCGGCCCUCUCUGCGCCUGCGCGAGCUCGAGCCCCUGGGGCCUCGGUCCCAAGCCGGGUCCGCUCUGGGACCGGCCCAGGUGUGGAGGCGGAGCCUCGUUUGUCCCGGCUCCUCAGGGAUCCCGCGGACAUCCGAGCCCCUCUCCAACGGGAUCCGUCGUGCUGAUCCCGGACCCCUCCCUCCUCUCAAUUGAUCCCGGGCCCCUCCUCCUCUCUCCUCUAUAGAUCCCAGACUCCUCCUCCUUUUCGCUCUAUUGAUCCCGAACCCCUCCCUCCUGUCUCUUCAUUGAUCCCGGACCCUCCUCCUCUUUCCUCAUCUGAUCUUGGCUCUCUCCUCGCGCCCCCGGGCCUCUCCUCGCUUGUCUUCGCCAGUCCCCCAGGACAUCCUCUAUCCUGCCUCUCGGGUCGGACCAUGCGUCGUGCGGGUGCCCGGGGGCAGAGCCUCCGGCGCCUGCUCCAGCCCCUCCUCGGGCUCCUGCUCCUGCUGUCGGAAGCCUCCCUGUCCUCCUCCUCCUCCUCCUCCUCUUCCUCGCAGAGCCACAAGCCGUGCACGGUCUGCAAGAACAUCGUGGAUCAGUUCAACAAGGGAUUGGCAAAUACAGAAAAGAAAAAUUUUGGUGGUGGAAACACAGCUUGGGAAGAGAAGACGCUAUCCAAAUACGAGUCUAGUGAAAUUCGUCUCCUAGAAAUUGUUGAAAACCUAUGCGAGAGUGAUGCUUUUGAUUGUAACAAUAUGGUGGAGAAUAAUGAAGAGCACCUGGAGAGCUGGUGGUUCAAAGAGAGAAAGAAACAUCCCGACUUAUUUAGGUGGUUUUGUGUGGAAACGCUGGAAGUGUGCUGCCUUUCUGGAACCUACGGACCAGACUGCCUCGAGUGUCCCGGGGGGUCCAAGCAGCCGUGCCGGGGGAAUGGUUAUUGCAACGGUGACGGGAGUCGUGGUGGGGACGGCAAGUGCAUGUGUCACCUUGGUUACAUGGGGCCGCUCUGCAUGGACUGUGUCGAGGGCUAUUUCAGCACCUGGAGGAACGAUACCCACUCUGUCUGCACAGUGUGUAACCCAGCCUGUAAGACCUGCUCUGGCCCGACCCACAGAGACUGUGGUGAAUGUGAAGUUGGGUGGCUCCAGGAGGAAGACGCUUGCAUAGAUAUAGAUGAGUGUGCAGCAGAGACCCCUGCUUGUGACGAGGGCUUCUACUGUCUCAACAACAACGGCUCAUUCUCCUGUAAAGAGUGUGACUCCAGCUGUUCAGGGUGUGUGGGAGAGGGUCCAGGACACUGUGUAAGCUGCACAGCCGGUUACGCACAAGAAGACGGUGCAUGUCGAGAUGUAGAUGAGUGCUCCCUCUCAGAGAAGGUGUGUACACAAGAGCACCAGAAAUGCUUCAACACCCCAGGCAGCUACGUCUGUGCCUGUGCUGAAGGCUUCCAGGAGAAAGAUGGCAUCUGUGUGCCCACUGAGGAGGCCCAAGAAGUGGAAGAAACAAAGGAAACUCAGAAACCCUCGCCACACGAAGACUUGUGAUCUACCUCCCCAAAGGUCCCGCUAUCUGAUCGUUCACUUAAAUUAUUCAGAUGGAAACUGCCCUGAGUGGGAAUCCCAUGGAAGUCUUAACAACCAGCCGAGCCCGGGCUGCCGAGACAUGCCAAGUGACCACAACCACCUGCCUACGUUGGGGGAGAAAAACUGUUCCUAGCCCAUGGGCCCUUUCAAAAGCUGCAUUUCUCUCUUGUUCAUAAACUAUAUUGUCAUAUAUUUUGAUACUGUUCUUUGUAAUAAAACUGACUAUGGAAGGUGGACCAGAAUUGAAGGUUAAGUGUAUUUACUCAUUAAAAGACCAAAUGAGCAUCAGUA